AUGAGACCUCAAACACUAUGGCGCUCGCUGAGCCUCCUCCAGCGCGCGUCUAUUCGACAUGACAUUGGUCGCCGAGCUCUUCAGAGUGAUAGCUUCGCCCGAAUACCGAACUUCGCCUUUGCCUUUGACAUCGAUGGAGUCCUUCUACGAGCUUCCAAACCUAUUCCUGGUGCUGCGGACUCGUUAGCUCUCCUGAUAGAGCAAGGAAUUCCGUUCAUUCUUCUCACCAAUGGCGGCGGUAAACACGAGACGGAUCGCGUGGCAGAGAUUAGUGAAAAGCUGAAGAUACCAUUGGAUGCAUCGGAUAUUGUCCAGAGUCACUCGCCAUUUGCAGAGCUUGUCAAGGGGAAAAAUGAAGCAAGUUCGCUGGAGAACAAGUGUGUUUUGGUGGCCGGAGGCGAUGGUGAUGGUUGCCGCCGUGUGGCGGAACAAUACGGAUUUAAGAAUGUCGUGACCCCGGGAGAUAUUUUCAUGGCCAAUCCGUCUGUCUGGCCCUUCUCGAAGAACUUCUCCGACUACUACAAGACCUUCGCCAGGCCCCUUCCCAAACCUGUUGACCCGACUGACCCCACAAAUGGUCUCAAGAUUGAUGCCAUUUUUGUGUUCAAUGAUCCUCGAGACUGGGCUCUUGAUACACAAGUGAUUAUGGAUCUUCUGCUUUCAUCGGAAGGACAUGUGGGCACAUUGUCACAGAAGAACGGUCGCGUUGACCUGCCUAACCACGGUUACCAGCAAGACGGCCAGCCUCAUCUUUAUUUCUCUAACCCGGAUCUGUGGUGGGCCGCCGCGUACCCGUUGCCCCGUCUCGGUCAGGGUGGCUUCCGUGAGGCCCUCGAAGGUGUCUGGGCCGCAAGUACCGGCGGCUCCAGCAAAGGGAUUGAGCUUAUUAAGACCGUGAUUGGCAAGCCUUAUCAACCGACAUAUGAGUUUGCCGAGCGACAACUACUCCGGAAUCGUGCAAAGAAAUUUGGCGGUGCGGGAGAUCUCCCACCAUUGCAGCGGGUCUACAUGGUCGGAGAUAAUCCUGAAUCGGAUAUUAGAGGUGCAAAUUCCUACCGUAGUGAUAUUGGUAGCAGUUGGCACUCCAUUUUGGUUCGAACAGGUGUAUAUCCGGGCGGAGAACCCGCUUGGGCCCCCAAGACUAUCACGGAUGAUGUUCAGAAGGCCGUGCAGUGGGCGUUGAAGACUUCGAAAUGGUCUUUAUGA